AUGCUUCAAGUACACAAUACUACCAGCCACCACAACCCCGAUCUCAACGGCUACCUCAACAAUCUUGCUGCCAAAAACUCUGACCGAACAGGAACAGGGCUAGGGCCAGGGAUCGACCGCAGGAACGUCAUCCUACCCUCUUCUUCCCCUUCCCCUAUUACACCUGUCAGUCCCAUUCACCAGACCAAGAAGGACAAGGAGGAUCUUAUGCACCAUCCCCUAGGUAUCACAGCUGACCAUGGUCCUCCACCUGACAACCUUGACCAUGAUGAUGCAACUACUCCACUAAGGAGAGUCAGUAACAACACCCCUGACAGGAUACACCAAUACCACCCACAACAACUGCAUAACAGCAGGUCCGCUACCCGGGUCGCCGACGGACUAGUGCUCGAUCAUGAUCCCCUUUCGACAGUUAACAAUAACGACAACACCAACACUCUUCUCCAAGGAUCGAGCGAAAGCAGCAGCAGCAAUGAUCUCAUAAACGACUUCACUCGCGCUAUAUCCAAGACCAAGCCCUUAUCGCAAAAGUCCUGGAAACAGGAUGCAACAGCAGCCACUGGCACCAUGGAAAGCAGUCAACCACCGCAGCCCUCAGAAAGAGCAGUCGCACGCUCAUUCGAUCCAUUACUGCAACCUGUGGACUCCGAUCGAUGGCCCCAGUUGUCGUCCUCCUCCAAGCGCUCUCCAACGGCACCACCCUCUUCCUCCUCUUCUUCAAACCGCACAACAACAAAACAGAGUCCAUUGGAACAUCUAUCCGAUAUGGGUCCUCUUGAGAUGGGGUGUGGGAUCGACUCUGGCGUUGACUUGAACCAGGAUCCGCUAACAGGCCCCGCUAUCAACAAUGUCCGCAGGAUAUUGCCAUCCGACUCUGUGACUGAUCCGUUCCUUCGUGAUCCUUCAACAUCGACAUUGGUAUCGGGGGUUAGCACAUUGUCAUCCAACUCGACUGUCGCAACAUUGACCGGCCAAGGACGUACAGAUACCGAUCAUGGGGUCGAGGGUUCGUCAUGGAGUGGCGAUCAUCCGCUGUUGUUCGACUACACCGCAGAGCCAGAGUCCAUUGAUGACAAUAGUUAUCAUGAUUACUCAACAGCGUCGCGGCACAAAGGACACACACUGAGUUUGAGCACUACUCAGGAACCAACGCCGCUUCAAAGUUCAGAGAUCUCUUUCUAUGCAUCAGGAUCGAAUGCGCGCAGGAGGCGGAAUGGGCCAAAGGGAGCAGAGGAGAGGAGUUGGACAUCUCAUACGGACAAGGACAAGGACUUGAAGCAGAGCAGGGGGCUAGAGCCUGGGGGGAAACGAGUCAUCAUCCAUCAGGUCACCACCACCGAUACGCUGGCUGGCAUUGCACUGAAUUAUGGGAUCCAGGUGUCGAUUUUGAAGAAAUCAAACAAGCUGUGGACCAACGACUCCAUUCACACUCGAAAAUACUUAUAUAUACCCUUCGAGGAAUGUUCGGUGGCGCGUCAGCCUGGAGUUGUCAUGGAUGAGACCAGUCAGUCAAUCAUGCUUCCGCAAAGAAUUCAACCAGCUCACGAGCGCGCUGGAUCAUCACUUCCUGGGACCCCCUUCCACAGAGCAGGCUCGCCGCUUUCUGAGCAUGGACCAAGCCCCGGAGACCACACCUAUCUACCAUCUGAUCAAUCUGAUCCUUCAGGACCAAUGCCCAACAAUGGAUUGUCACCGCCUGCAAUCUCGGCGGUAGCAGCAGGGAUGUUACCGUCAUCCUCGGGACCUUCACGAUCCAUUCCAACCUCAUCAGUAUCCCCGCGUCUCGGUACCUGGAACGAGCCUAAAUCGAUGGUCGCGCCACCAAUUUCGUCCCCUACUACGACGACCACUACGCCCAAAUCGAACAACAGUCUACAGGCCCGCUCACUCUCACCACGCAGGAGUACUAUCGCCUCAUCAUCGUUUACAGGCGCUUCUCGGGGAUCGGAUGCGAUAGUGUUCUCGGAGGACCUUCCAAACACCAUGGUUGUUUCCCCGUCCAUGACACAUGAGGCAUUGGCUGCGCGGUUCAAGGAGAUGGAGUUUGUGUCGAGUGAGCAGCAUCAACGAAAGACACUGUCGGCAGAUCAGGAGCUUCGGACGAACCCGAUCCAUCAUCGUCACAGGACAAUCGAUCUUCGACAAUACGCGCAUCUCCAACAACACCAACAGAAACAGCAGCAACAGCAACAAUUGGAUUCUGGCCGUAACUCGAUUGCUUCGUCCGCUGCAGGGUCAAGGCGGACAUCGGUCGACCUUAGUGUGAGUGAGGAUGCGAUGAGCAGUUCAGGUGGUCUUUUAAGUAGGAGAGGAUCGAGUUUUGGUCAACAUGAGCAAGGGUCGCCUGGAACCCUUGGAGACAACCCAGCCAUUGAGGAAGAGUCGGAAGAUAUGGGGACCAAGAACGAGGAGUUUGUCACUUUUGGCCAUCAACAACACAUCUACGAGUCGGACGACAUGCGGCCAGGAGGAGGGCAAAGCGGACAUGGAUCGCAGCCGUCAGAGAGAUAUGAGACAGGUGACCCGGAAUGGACCCAGCGGCGCCAAGAAGUUGUGACUGUUCCUGCAGGUCUGCUAUCGUUCUUCCCCUCCCCGGAGCACUCCAAGAAACUGGAGACGCCUCAGUCGAUCUCCAAGUUGCAGAACCGGAUGGACGGUUACCACACUGGGUCACUAUCGUCAUCGUCAACUACUGGGUCGGGCAGCAGUCUUCGAGGCACUUUUCAGGACAGACAGGGCGAAUCGGCCAGCAAGUCCAAAGGAAGAGCCGCUCUGAGCGGUGAUACAUUUCAGGCUCCUACAUCGACUACUUUCACCUCAGCUCCACCAUCAUCGUCAUCAACACCAACAACAACGCCGCCUGGAACUGGAGCAGGAACUGGAGCAAGAGCGCCAACAAGGUCGUCGACUGCAAAUAACACUCCUUCCAACACCGUCCGAGUCCACCACCAACCUUACAGCAGCCAAAACUGGUCGCGUAUGGGCGAGACUCUGGUCGACGACUUGCUCGGUGCUGUCCGCAGCAAGUUGGCGAUUGCGAGGAGGAUGUACGACUUUACGACGUUUGGAUUUGGCACUCUUGGAGGGGGUGGCGGUGGCAGCUACAGUAAGGAUAGCAGUGACCCACCGGAUAUUUUGCGUCGAACCAGCUCACGAGGUUCGAGGUCGAGAAGUCAGAGGAACAAGGAGUAUCGAAACUCUGGAUCGGCGAUUGAGCUGGAUCAGGCGGUUGAUGGGUCUAUGGCGACGAGAGUUGUGAAGACGACGAUUGUGCAUCGAAUGCCGUCUUCUUCUACGGUGGCAGCAUCGAAUGGAUUGGACUCUACGGAGGGUCAUGCGUCUCCACGAAGCGUGCGGCGGAAACCUAGCGGUGGUGGUGGUGGACAUGGACGAGGGGCGAGUAGUGGGAGCACCACGAGUGUUGGAGGAAGUGGUGGUGGAAGUACUCGGAAACGAUCACUCCGAUCGUCGAACCCGGUUAACCAUCCAGCGUUGAUGGCGCUUGUGAAUGAGUUGGAUAAGGACAAGAAAGACAAGGAACGAGAGGAGCAGGAAAAGAGGGCGACGGCGGCGGGUGCAGUGGCGGGUGAGAGUGGUGGUGGGUCGCCAGUUGUAGAUAUCCUAUCUACAUCGUUCUAA